AUGCCAACCUCGUUCUCCCUGGUGCCGGCAAGCCAGGCGCUGGCAGCGACGGCACCACGGGCCAGCCAGCCGUCGACGUCGGCGGCGCUGGCCAGCCUGCUCGAGGGAGGCGGUAGUGGCGGCGGCGGCGGCGGCGGCGGUGGUGGUGGUGGUGGCCGGGCGGUGCAGGGCGUUGAGGCCCGCUACUCGCGUGGCGAGGCGCCUGCUCUGGCAAGACCGGGUGCGGGCGCAGGUGCGGAUGCGGGUGCGGGCGACAACGAUGAUGAUGAUGCCGGUGGGCUGGGCCGGCAGAAGCCGUGGCGACGGACCGAGCUCGCCGCCCUGCACAAGGCCCGCGACAUGGCUCCAGACUUUGCCACCUUUCUCGAGCUGGCGUCGGCACUGCUGCCGCGCCGCUCGCGAAGCGAGAUCGUGGGCAUGUUGCGGUCGCGCCAGUUUGCGACGACACAUGCUGCGCUGCGGGCGCGCGCCGCCGAGCGGGCGCGGUUGCAGAACGCUCGCGCGCCUGUCUUGGCGCCGGCAGUGGCGGUGGCGCGCGAGGAGGCCCGCGCUGCCCGCGCUGCCGGGCCGGGCCGCCCGCGCAAGCGCGGCAUGGCUCUGGCGCCGGCGGCCGCCCUUGCCGCCGCGCCAUCACGCUGGCAUCGAUGCUGUUGUGUUUAA